AAGUUAGUUCACAUACAUUAUCACAUUAAAUUGAUGCUUUUAGACUGAACGAAUGUUACAACAUUUUAUGAAAGAUCAUCGAACCAUUCUUCUUUCAUAAUUUCUUGUAGGGUUUGUUGGUUCUGACUGAGUAGUUUAUAUCUGAGUAGCUAUAACUAGUUAUUUGAAUGUUAUUUAGUCGUUUACAUUGUAUUUCUGUAAUAAAGCCGCGCUUCUCGCUUUGGAAGCUUCAUUGUGACGUGAGUUACAGUCGCUAUAUUGUACCUAUCUAUAUUCAUAGUAUGGCGGCGACUCUAUUGUAAAAACUAUGCAGAGCAUGCAGCCCCUCCCUCGACUCUUCGCAUUCUGGAAGGAUUCCAGGGGUUCUGUUCAGGCUUCAGUUGCGCUGCAUACAAUACCCAUCAGAUCUCGCAUUGUUGGCGUAAUGCACAGCUUUAAUUCAUCUGUAGCCACAUCAGAUCGUUUUGCUACUGGACACUAUUACAUAAUGAUAUAUCCUUAGAGUCGAUUGUUGUAAGUGACAUUUUUAACAAUCAGAAGCGCCAGUGACAGCUGGAAGGGCUUCGUUAUAUUUGUCGCCAUUAACAUCUUGACACUGACAAUCAUUUCAUGAUUUAGGAGAACAUCAUAACACUGCAAUGUAAAAUAUAACAUUGGUAACAAAAGGGAUUGAUUAGUUCUCACCCCGUCCUUUGUUUUACCAUAAGGUCAAUAACAUUGGCUUUGUUACGUGCGACCACUCAAAUACGAGCUUUAGUUUUAUGGCUCAGCUGUAGCUUCAUAAAUCCUAUGUAUAACGUCGUGAACAACCCAGUUUCGCGAAUUGGCAUUAUCAAGUAACAUUAAGCCGAGGAGUGUUGGAUCCAAGUCAUAUUGUCUGCGAAGGCAAUAAGAUGUUUUGUCAGCAACAAAGCAUCUACUUAGUUUAUGAAUUAUAAAUGUGUUUAGCAUGUUUCCUCCGAGAUCGUGAAUAUAGUUAUGAUGUGUUUCAAGACCCCCGACCGCCUCGAGAGCCUCGUAAAGCGAGUUUACGUAACUUCACUAACACUCUCGGCUGUCGAAAUGCUAAGCUUUUCUGGCGUUUCGUAAUAGGUCAUUAAAUAAAUAUAUAUUACGAUGAUGCGUAUAAUUUAAAAAUCUGUGAGCUAUAGAGGCAUAACUAUCGGGGGAGUCAAUUUAUUUUGGUUUUUAAUCGUAAAUGUAGGUAUACCUUACAAUUUACAACUUAGGAACAUUUUGCAACAUUAUUACACCUACCCAGUACAUGAGUCACACGUAGACACCUACUCACGAGCUUUGCUAACGCUACGCAGCUUUUGUAAAAUUACUUGUAACUAAUCAGUCGUCAUAAUCCCACACUAGACACACUGACCUUUAUUUAUACAGAUGACAAUGUACAGAGAAGUUCACAAAUUGGCUAAAAUGUCAGGUAGCAUAAUGCUAAGAUCACAAUGGCAGCACUCUGGUCUAACAAGACGUUUCAUUCGAUAUUCGUAUUGUAUUGUCGUUCAAUGUCAGUUUCCUCGUGUCCGUCAUUAUUCUCGAGCUCCGACAACAGAGAGAAACGUCUUGCGCACAUUGAACAUGUGCACAAAAAGAUGAAAAGAACCGCCUCCCCAUUGACACAGUGUCUUGAAUGGGGCCCGGCCUCGUUCUCCGCUUUCAGGCGCUCGUAGCUGUAUGCCUAUUAGACGUGCUCUAUACACUUGAACUACUGUCUUAGCUGACAUUUGUGGAAACUUAAGCUGCUUCCGACUAUUUACGACAUAGCUGCGUUUCUUUUUGUCCAUUCUUGUACCAUACUGUUGUUCGUUGUAAUAAAGUACAUUACUAAGCCAUACCAUCGUAAAAUAUCCUCAAUACUAUUCAAUAGUACUGAGAAUAUUUACUAAUACAUACAUACAAUUAUCGGAAUAGAAGAGGACGAGGGUUAAGAAGUGUACGUGGGGAUAAAUCGAUCAUCUAUGCAAAACACGGCAAUCGCACUCCUCGAGUCGGCGUCAGCCUUCGAGCGAGCCGUGCUGGAAUGUGAGCACCUGGAGGCGUCGGAACACGGCGGGUUCCGGUGAGGACGUUGGCGCGGCAGCGGCAUGGAGGAGCGCGGCCCGCCGGACGUGCCACUGAUCGUGUCGCCGCCGUGCGCCGGCGCCGGCGGCGCGGCGCUCACCACCUCGCGGCGCGCUGCCUCCGCCCGCGGCUCUCGCGACGACCCGCCGCCAUCCACGUGGCGCUCCUCGGUGCGUGUGCGUGACACCGGUUUCCGUGGCUCACGCAAGAGUGUCGUUCGCCUCGAACCACCCUGUAAUGGCCUCAACGGGUUGCCUGCCAUCGGCAAGGAGGUACUGUCUCUGGGUGCGACGGGUGGCCACAAGGGAACCACGCAGCCUUCUCACCCCUGCACUAUCCUCCACCAUUCUCCUUACAAGGCCGCUUGGGAUUGGUUGAUCCUAAUAUUGGUGAUCUACACGGCGAUAUUUACUCCGUACGUGGCCGCCUUUCAACUAAAUGAGCCCGACUUUGAUAAACGUUCCCGCAGCUUCGGCGAAGACCCCAUAGUUGUCAUCGAUAUGAUAGUGGACGUCACAUUCAUAAUAGACAUCCUAAUAAACUUCCGCACCACGUACGUGAACGUGGCGGAUGAAGUGGAGUCGGACCCCGCCAAGAUCGCCAUGCACUACCUGCGAGGCUGGUUCCUCAUUGACCUCGUCGCCGCCAUCCCGUUCGAUCUCCUACUCUUCGGCACCGACACCGACGAACAGGGGCUGGAAAGUGAUGAGACCACGACCCUCAUCGGUCUGCUGAAGACGGCGCGACUACUGCGGCUCGUGCGCGUCGCUCGCAAAAUUGACAGAUACUCCGAAUAUGGCACCGCCGUACUGCUUCUCCUUAUGGCCACAUUUGUCCUUAUUGCUCAUUGGUUGGCCUGCUUAUGGUAUGCUAUAGGCAGUUGGGAACGCCCUCAGCUCCACGCACCAAUCGGAUGGCUGGAUGCUCUUGCCAAUGAUGUCCAAGCUUCUUAUGACAACUCUACUGGUCCAUCCAUGAGAUCUAGAUAUAUAACCGCUUUGUAUUUUACGUGCACGUCGCUGACAAGCGUUGGUUUUGGGAACGUUGCGCCGAACACAGACAUGGAGAAAGGAUUCACGAUAUUUGUUAUGCUGGUUGGCUCACUAAUGUACGCCAGUAUCUUUGGUAAUGUAUCGGCUAUUAUACAAAGAUUGUACUCGGGAACGGCUCGUUAUCAUACACAGAUAUUAAGAGUACGAGAAUUUAUUCGUUUUCAUCAGAUAACGAAUCCUUUAAGACAAAGACUGGAGGAAUAUUUCCAACACGCUUGGAGCUACACGAACGGUAUCGAUACGUCCAGCUUACUCAAAGGUUUCCCGGAGUGCCUCCAAGCGGACAUCUGCCUUCAUCUCAACAGGAACUUGCUCGCGAAUUGCUCAGCUUUUGAUGGUGCUAGUCCAGGUUGCUUAAGAGCCCUGUCAUUAAGGUUUAAAACGACACAUGCGCCCCCUGGUGAGACCUUGGUGCAUCGUGGAGAUGUUCUCACCUCUCUUUACUUUAUAUCAAGAGGGUCUAUAGAAAUUCUGAAGGAUGAUAUUGUUAUGGCUAUAUUAGGUAAGGAUGACAUUUUCGGCGAGAACCCGUGCAUAUACGGCACAGUGGGGCGCAGCAACUGCCGCGUGCGCGCGCUCACCUACUGCGACCUGCACCGCGUGCACCGAGACGACCUGCUCGACGUGCUCGACUUCUACCCAGAGUUCCGCUCCUCCUUCGUCAACAAUCUCGAAAUAACAUACAAUAUGAGAGAUGAAGAGUUGGGUGGUAUUGAGCCAAAGCGUCGCAUGCGCUAUGAGAACCCGUGCGAUGCACGUUUGCUUCGGGAGGCAUAUGCACGAACUACGCGAAGACCACACACAGAAACGUUCGCGGAAAAAGUUGACUCGCAGUGCAGCGACGACGACACGGAGUCGCCGGCCAGCCGCGGCAUCCUGGAGUUCUCUGCGGACAAGGCGGGCCAGGACGUCACCCCGCUCAACUUCAACUUCAGCAAACAGCGCUCGACCACUCUCAACUCCAUCACCGGCAUGCUAGCGCAACUUAAACGGAGCUUCCCAGACCUCUACCAUCAUAAAACACAUCAGCCACUGCACAACAAGUACUCGCAAUCUACGCCUCAAACGUAUAGAAGUCGAGCGGGGGUGCGUCGCCAGUCGUCAGUGGGCCCGCUGAACGACACGUCGCCGCUGACGGGGUGCGCGGCGGCGGGCGAGCCGGCCGUGAGCACGCCCGCGCACAGCGCCACGCUGCCCGUGUCCAGCCUCAGCACCAACCCCAGCUCGUACUACACGAACGCGUCGCCGUCGCCGCCCGCCGCGCCUGCGCACCAGCACGUGUCCUGCGACGACAUCCUGGCGCCCAGCGCGCCCGCCGCCGCGCGCACGCCCUCCUGCCGCUCCGCGCCGCACUCCGCCGUCAACCUGCACCAGCCUGCCUGCAACGGCGGCCGCCCAGCCGCCCUCGCUCUGUCCCAAGACAAAGCACAAAAUGCUGCAAACGCACAGGAAAGUAUGUCGCCACAGUAUCAAAAUGUCGGAUCGGCUGCGACGGCAGCCUCGGUAGCAACUGUACUUACAAGACUGGAAGAGUUAAGUCGUCGUGUAGCCGUGCUGGAGUCUGGGCUCACCGCAGACGUGCGACGUAUCCUGCAGUUACUGCAGGCACGCGAGGGCACCACACACCACAACACGCAACCAGCUCACACUCCUUCAACGGUGUUACCUAAAGCCUCUCUCUCAGUACCUCAAACGAACGAGUGGGAGUGGAACUGGAACGGGGAGAGAGAGCGCGAGCGCGGCGGGCGGUACGGGCGCAGCGAGCGCGGCGAGCGCACGCCGGGCGUGCAGCGGUCGGCGUCGGAGCCGCACGCGCCGCUGCCGCCCGCGCUGCCGCCGCCGCCGCACUCGCACUCGUUCUACAGGUAGUGUGAGGCGGGCGAGACGAGCGCCCCCCGCUCCCGGCCGUCGACGCGCUCGCUCGCCGAGUCCGCGUCGUGCGGCUCGCUGGCGGGCUCGCUGGCGGGCGGGGAGGCGCCCGCGCCCGGCGGCACGCGCCCGUCCCUGCCGCGCGCGCGCUUCCACUUCUGCCGGCGCAUUGCGCGCUGUCGGCACGACGACGUCCGGGGCUUCCUCUGACGCGGCCCUCACCCGACGCAUGGACCAAUUUUGUACUUCCGUUAACGCCUAAAUAAACACGUCCUCACGAUCUCGCGAGCGGGUGGCCUCUCCCGCCCGUGCCGAGUCCAUUUGUAAUAAAUUUCAUUAAUGUUCGCUUUAGUAAAACUUAAGAAUGUCCAGCGAGCCGAAUUCGGCUAAUUCGAGGAAGGGACACGAAGCCGUUUCAGAUGUUAUGGUAGUGUACGACUACACGAGUGGUUAGAAAUGCAAUAAGUGGUGGAUAUAUUGGGUGCUUUAAUUUUAUGUAUGUAAUUUACAGGCUUUUAAGAGAAGUAAAUUUUUACAUGAUGUAUUACGUAUGGGUAUGUGUACAAUAGCACUAUCUGACCGUAUCGUUCAUCAACCCUUCCGGUUAAAGUGUUUAAGUUAACGAAUCCAAAUGUAUUAUCCAAAUUGACUUAUUAAUGUAUCUACGUAAUUAUUCUAUUCUAGACUUCAGCUAAUUCAGAAUGAGGCUUAUAAGACUGAGAGACUACGUAAUACCGUGAACUGUAUUUCCAGAAGCGAGUACCUAACGAUAACGCUUUGUACCCGUCCUUGCUCCUUGCCUUUACAUAGUAGCUAGGUAAUGUGUAACACUACUAUGAACGACAUAUGAACUGCUCCUUGUGGAAGUGCGUUUCUGAGGUUUCACUCGACACAAGUAUACACAUUAAUUACCGCAUUGUCUUCAAUGAUGCAUAACUAUAAUACAUAAACAUUAAUCAAACCGUUUCGGUCGCUUGUGUUGUCUACUACACGUUACACGUGUGCGAUACUUCGCACCCAGACGACGAGUGGUUCCGAGCACUGCGUUAGUACUCAUCCUUAAUGUUACAACCUUUGUCUCGUUUCUCUGUUUAAUUUAUGUGAUUACUAUAAAUUGUGGCUCAAAGUAACUUUAUGUUGUAAUGUGUAUCCUAGUUACGGAGUAAGUGAUUUCGCCAAUAUAUCAUUAUAAGCAAUAAUAAAGCCCACCAUAUGUUAAGGUACAUCGUGAUUAUAACGUAAGUGGCUAAUAACAUCAAAUGUUAGGUGUACAGUAUAACCAGAUAGGGCUACAGUUUGUUGCCGCCGUUAGGACUCUCGACUAUACUUAAUCUUUGACGUGAUCAUCAUAUCAUUCUGCGCCAUAUCGUUCUAUCAUUGCAACCUACACUUUACAUGUUCUACUCUACUACUGUCCUUCAAUUCUGCAAGUUCCACCAAACACAGUUAUUCCUGUCUGCAAUGUUUGUGAUUAUUGAAGUGUUGUUUGUCUAACUUGAAUACCGGUCAAUUAAUGUAAAACUAGUCAGUCCUUAUUAGUGACAGCACUACAAUUUUUAUAUUUACUACUAUUUGAGAUUCUGCCCUCUGAUGGUCUUCGUAGACAGCUACACCUUUUAGCAAUAUUUACUUAAUUGUUACUACACUUUCUCUUUGAAGCGUGUUUUCCAUAAUAUUUAUUUAUGUAAGACAAGCGCUAUUUGUCGAAUGAUGUACUUAUUUUUAAUAAUUUUAAUAUUACUCUGCCUGCCUGCUAGUAACUGUACCUACACGAAACACGAAUGAAAUGCAAAACAAAAUCAGUUGUAAAUUGAAACAAGUGGUAGAGAACUUAGUUUUGAAAUUAAAACUGCCAAAUCAACAUGGUUGCUUAGAAAAAAAAAGGAACUAUUAAAACUCUGAAUCGUUGUAUUGUUAUAGUAUACAUUAUAGACACGCGCGAUGUGCGAUGUGUGGCCCCGUAAGAUGUAUAAAACCAAAAGGAUUAUUUAUAAUAACAGCUUUAAUUUAUAAACAUACCUAUUUAUCAUAAAGUUGUAGAAUUGUUCAGACGUUUACAUAAUGACAAUGACCCAUUAGAUUAAAAAAAAUACAUAGAAUAUCGCACAUUACUACAAUAAAUUGUUUUUCCGCGCGUAGUUGGUGAUGUAAUGUAAAUAAUUAGAUAUGUAGACUUAGGUUUGUAAAUUGGUCAAUUCCCAAAUGUUAUACUUAUUCUUCAAUCUAUCUAGUUUAUCAAAAUUAAUAGCUUUGCUUUAAAUUAUCAUCAUUGUAUGCCGAGCAUUCUAGAUCUACAUUUAAGCAUUGUUAUUUGCUUUAGUAGUUAUAGAGGUACAAUUUGCCUGAAUGUUAUUAAAUACUUAGUUAUCAAUAAAUGAUAUACCAUUAUAACAUAUUAAAAAUAAAUGACAUGUUAAAAUAUCACCAUUAGUGAAAUAAAACACAAGUCCAUUAACAAGAGUACUUAGGAUUGAUCACCAACAUUAUCACGAACACAAACAACGUGUCACUGAUUCGUGAUGACAGGGAAAGUCAAAGUUAUAAUAAAAUCAAUUUAAAAUAAAUCAAAUGUUCAGGCUUCAGGCUGAUUUGUUUGUUACCUUACUUACGUACCGUUCAUUUAGAUUAUUUCAUAGUUUUUAAAUAGUAUGACAAAUUGACUAAAAUACUGAAUUUAUUACAAUAAGCACUAAAAUUAAAACUGAAUUAAUAAUUGUGUUUAACGACUUACUCACGAACUGCUUGUCAAAAUAACUCGACUAGUUUCAAGCCACGCUAGGGGCUCAUAUUCAUGAAAUAUUAAUCGAUUAGUCAAGUUAACUCGACAAACACUUAUGACAGUACACCGUUAAACAUAAUUAAUUAAUUUAAUAUGUCUCAUAACAGUUAUAAUACGAAAUAGAAUGGAAAAAAGAAAUUAUAAUGUAAUUUGAUAACAGCUGACACAAUACAAAACAUUGUUAGAAACUUGCGAAACUGUUUAAAUGCCACCAACAAGUGAUUCGACCCAAUGGAAAAAUAUCUGUUAUCAUAAACUAUUAAAUACAACAACGAAUAAUAUUUACGUGCUCGUCAACGUCCAAUGCCCUAAACACAUCUCUUGGUCAAUACAUCUCAUAAAAAACUAUUGAACGUGCACGAUUGCACGCUAUCCACAAUUUGUAUUUAAUUUGUAUUGUGUUUAUGAGCUAGGGCCCCUCCAACGUUAUCUAUACCUUGUUAGAGCCGCCACAUGUGUACAUUAUAAACACGCUAAAAUGAUUUAGAAGUUUGACUAAUAGCGCUUAAGCACAGGGUGUAAUUUGUUUCAUAAGUCAUAAUAUCUUAAGAUCCUAGAUAACUAAUGCUAAUACUAAAAUAAUAUGAUUAAUUACCAUCUAUAAUGUUAACGUAGGUAUCUACUGUCUAUAUUAAUGUUGAUUAAACGUAGAGUUUCGAAAGCUUAGUAUGUUUGCCGACACACGUGCACCGACACCUCGGACGGAGUACACACGUACCCUCUAGUCUACUCGAUCAUUUUCUCCGACAUACUUAGAUAUCUCUAUCACAUUUCCGACGACUUGUUGCUGAUUCAACUUACUUGACAUACGCGUAGGUUAGAGCUUAAAGUAUAUAUCAAUCUUAUGAGCACUACGGUACGUACUGGUUUUACCAUCUUAAGGCCUACUAUUGCUAUACGAUGAACUUGUAGUUAUCCGAUUCAAGGCAUAUUGUACGUAAGGGUUCUUACUUCCUCGUAUACAUGUUGCCCAUAUCGUCCACAUGCGUCAGUAUCAUUAUUACCUAAAUACAUUAUUUACAACUUUGUGAAACCUACACAGAACUGACUUUGCGACAUUUCAAUGUUUUUCAGUCACUAGUUACUACUUAAUACAUAUUCCAUAGCACUCACAGUGCCGCCAACAGACAUUAAAAUCAUCGGCACCUUCUCCGCUGAGAAGAGUCUCAACUUGUCAAUGAAAGCAAUUUGGAGCCGUGCUAUACCAAUACUGUUUAUAAUUUAUUCUGUGACUACGUAAUAAUAAUGAAUUGUAUAAAAUAGCAUGUAGGUGCCGAGGUUUAGCUGAGACGCCCUUCAGAAUUAUAGCUGUAAGUGUAGCGAUAAGUGGUCACCUUGCGAAAAGAUGUUCGCUUAAUCAUUUAAAAAUUGUUGCCUUGAAAUAUUUUAGACACAGAAAACUGGUUGUUUCAGCUUUGAAUAAUCUCACAAUUAUAUUAGAAUAUUGUAACGAUAAGUUAAGUAUUUUAUAUUUCAAGAACAUAAGCGCAAAGUUAACGCGUGCAUUGUAUUAUGUAAUUUUGUCUGUGAUCAAAAUUUUAUAUUGUUAAGCUGAAAAAAUUAAGCGCACGUAUAAUUAUUUUGAAUGCUACCGUAUUACUUUAUACAUUCUGUGUGCUUACACACUAACAUUAGUUUGCUACCUGACACAUCAUAGAAAUAGUCUCUACUCUCUAUCUUUAGAUAGACAGGGAUAAUCGCCACGGCAUUUGAUCAAUAUAUACUUUUAUAAAUUCCGUAAAGCCAAUUAUAGUUUUAUACAAUCAUAUCCAUGUCAAAUUAUAUGAACUUGAUUUGCUUAAAAUUCCAUGACAACCAUUUAUUCAAUUCUAAUACCUAAUUUGUAUGUAUCAACGGAUUUUUUACAUAAUAAGUACUUAUAAUAUAAACAAUACAUACAUUACCUACUUUCAAUUCUUAUUAUAUGCAUGAGCACAAGACAUGAGCUUAGCAUUAAUGGAUAUAUGUAUCGCAAAAAAAUAUAAAUUACAUUUUUACCUUUUUAUACGCGAAAACCUCGACAAUAAAGUUCCCUUGCCUUCAUAUUUGUCUUUAUAUACCUAUCUACUUAUAGCAGACGUGUUAAAAAGCAUAACAGAAUGUAUGGGUAAAUACAAAUAGGGACACGUGUAUAAUAUCUCCUAAACUUUCAGAUAUCUUAUUGUUAUUAAAUAUCUCACUAAUUAUUAUAUGAAAAGUGUACAUUUAAUUAUGUUAUGAAGAAAUUCUGUUAUUGACAAAACAUUGUUGUAAAGCAUGUUGCGUGUCAACCGAGUCGAGUAAACUCGUGGAGUUAUUGCUGUAUUGGAAGUGUGUGAACUGUUUGCUAUGAUUAACAAUAAUGGGUAGGUGGUAAGGUAAAGCCUAUAAUUACGUGAGUCUGCCGUUAUAGUGAUAUGGUCGUGUUCGACAUAUAUGGCAAUUGUCCUAUGAACCUUUAAUACAGCAGGAUGUUCAAUAUUAUUUCCAUAAUAGAUACCUUUCUUUCUUUAUGACUCUGAUUAAAGCUGGAGUGUAAAUGAAUCGCAUGCAAACUACUGGAAAAGUGUGCUUACUGUAUUAUUUACAAUUCGAUAUAACACGAUUACAUCCUAUCAAUAAUUUUAUCAAUAAUCUGGGCAUUCAUAAAAAUCAUUCUCAUAAAAUCAGCACAAUCAGUGUGUUUAUUAAUUAAUUACAGAGUAUUGGAACUAAAGUAUAUCCUCAUUUAAGCAAAUACGUGUGGGUUUAGGCAAUAAUUAUUAUAAACAUUAAAACAUAAGUAGACAUAUUAUUAUUUUGAAUUACAAGUAACUAUCGUACUUAUAGGUUUCCAUCGCGCUUCUAUAUCAAAAUAUUUCGUUUGGAGAUCAGUUAAUACAUCUAUUACAGCAUUCAAAUAAAAUAGAUUGUAUUAAACAAUGAUAAAAUACGCAGUUUCUAAAUACCAAGAUUUUUAGCUUGCCCAGCUAGUGCAGAUUCCAUUUUUAUACUACUUAUCUUAUAACUACUGUUCAGUGUAUAUAGAUAAUAAUAACAUGAAAUAUUGUUUUAAGAAAGUUCGCUCCUACAGCAAAUUGUUUAUUUUGUGCACCCAAUAAUGAUAGCGACAACGAUCAAUAUUUUAUUUACAUCUACGUUAUUCUAAGCACUGACUGGAAAGAUAUUAUGACAGUUAAUUUAUAAGCCACAAAUUUUUGCUUUAGGUAUACUUUUUAUACAAAUUAUUGAACGUUUGUUCAUUAUUGUUAUAAUAAUAUGCGUAAACAGUACAUGUUAAUUACAUGUACGUACUUAGAGCAUUAUAAACAGAGCACAUUAGUCACAUAGUUAAUCAAAAGUUUGCAUUCAUUGAACAGCGCAAAAUUCUCGUGGAAUAAGUUCAGUGGAAUAAAAUAUCACGCACAUGCGA